AUGCUGGAGAAAUGGGUUGAAGGCUUGAUCGUCGAGUACUUUUCCGAGUGGCUGGAAGGGUUCGACAAGGACGGGGUGCGCAUCGGGCUCUUUAGCGGUAAACUUUGCUUCCAGAACCUCAAGUUCCGCAAGCAGGCGCUCGACAAGCUCAACGUGCCGAUCGUACUCAAGGAAGGUCGUCUUGGAUCGCUCCACGUCAAGGUCCCGUGGAAACGCCUGUCGAAGGAGUCGGUGCACAUCGUGCUGGAGGAUCUGUAUUUGCUCGUGGGGCCGUACCACGACGAAUCGAGCGAAACACAAACGACGGUGGACGAUCGAAUGCGACACGCCAAGCAGCACGACAUUCGGUUGCGGGAGCUGCUGCAGGCCACUGCCAACGAUGCGGCGGACGCGAUCCUGUCGCCGCCGACAAGUCCAACCAAACCGUCGUCGUCGUCUUCCAACUCAUGGAAACAAAAGAUGCUCAACUUGGUGCUAGACAACCUCAUGUUUGAACUCAAGCACAUUCAUAUUCGAUACGAAGAUACGUCACGCAUGGUGUCCAACCGACCCGUCUCGUUCGGGCUCUCGAUUGACCAGCUCAAAGUGGCGACCACAAACGCGAAUGGUCAUGUGAUGUUCAUGGACCGGUCAGCGUCGCACACACCGUUUGUGCACAAGUUAUUUGACGUGGUCGAAGGGUACAUUUACUGGGACCUCCACGCCGCCACCACCACACCCUCGGACGAAGCGCUGACAGCGUCCAAAAUGACGUAUCUGGUCGAGCCCAUGACGACGUCCAUCAAAAUUACAGAGAACCACGACGCAGUGUCGCACCAAUUCAUUCCACAGUACCGCGUCCACAUCGCGCUGCCGUCGUUACGAAUGACGAUCUCGCCAAGUCAGUGCAAAGACGUCGCAAACGUGGUCGAUUUUCUCGUGGGCCAUGAAGUGUACCUCAAGCGCAGCCACUGCCGCAAGGCGCGACCACGGUGCUCCGUGCACGAGAGCCCCAAGCGCUGGUGGAAGUAUGCGAUUCAGUCGGUCCAGGCCCUCGAACACAACCCACACAAGUGCACGUGGCGGAAAACGAUCGCGCUCCUUGUGCUCCGGAGUCAAUACAUUGCACUCUACAUGCGACUCCUGCCCCUGUUGGCCGCCGAGAAACCCAUCCCAGACGUUGACGCCCAGCAGCGCCGGAUCCUCGAAGACGACCCUCGCCUCUCGGCGGACUGCAUUGUAUUUUUUCGCGCGUGCGCUGCCGCCGAGCUUGAAAUGGAAGCAAACCGCCGCAAACAACUCGCGAAAUCGACGGCAACGGCCGGUGCAUACAAGUGGACUAGCAUGCUCAAGAAAUCGUCGUCCAAGCAAAACACGCCAGUGGGCUCGCCCCGAACCGGCGUGGGUUUCUUUUCACCGAAACAUGCUGUCGCCCAGCCGAGUUCACCGGCUGUCACAACGGCAGGGGGCACCAGUCCCGUUGCAUCGCCGAAAACUUCGGCUGCAGCGUCAGCCCCGUCGCCUCUGCUCACGCUGGACCCCCUCGAGCGCCAGCUUGUUUACGAAGGAGUGAGCCAGCGGCAUUUCGAUCCCCCCGGGUUGAAAAAAGCUCCGCCAUCAGCUCCAUCGAGCCCAACUGCGUCGUUGCGGGCGUCCACCGCUACAACGGCCGAUGUGACGUUGAAACCAGGGCAACUACUUGGGCUUGACAUUGCCAUCGCCGAGAUCGUGUGCGCCGUGGCGAAGGAGCCCAAGGGGGCGUCAACCACCCGCAAAGAGUUUGUACGGUUUCUCGUCGCUGAUUUUGUGUGGACGUACAACCAGCACAUGCGCCAGCCGACGUCGACGGGGAUUUCCAACGCUACCCUACCACCCGAAGUGAGCACGGUGUUCCAGAUCCGAGACAUGCAGCUCGUCGACGCGACGCAGCCGUCGGAAAGUCCACUGGCAGUCAUCUUUGGCCAUGCCAAGAAAGCCAAAAUGACGGCUCUCGUCGUAGUCAAGUACAAUCGCCGGCCGGGCGUGGAAACUUCGCUGCAUGUCGCCAUCGACGCGUGCAACUUGCUGUACCACAAGACCGCGGUUGACAAAAUGUACAAGUACAUCACGCCCGACCAAAACCACUCGUCCAAGAGUACGAAAGCCGCCGCCGGACCGACGGAAGCGCCACCGGCUGCAGAAACUUCGCCGUCCUAUGUGACGGUACCCGACGGCCCAGCGGCAGCGAUGACGACACCUCUGCGACUCACCGUCGACAUCACGGACGCCACGAUCAACAUCGCUGGCGAAUCCGCCCGCACCGCAGGGCCAACGAGUCGCGACGACAUCGGAUCCUGCCCGUUUCUCGUGGUCCACGCAACAAAUAUCCACGUGCGAUCGAGUGAUGUGGCUAUCGCAGUCGAGACAUCCGCCGACACCAUCGACACCGUCGUCGUCGACCAAGUCCACGUCGCAAGCGUGUGGGAUGAACUGUCCUUGCAAGCCAACUGCCGCGUUCUCAAAAAGUUAAAGUUGCAGUGGACGAUCCGUCGCGACGAACUGUGCUGGUCCAACAACGUGCGGCUGUCGACGUUUGCAGCCAACAUGUCCGAGGUCCAAGUGCGGCAGUUGGUUCACCUGGGAACGUACUUGAGCCAAACCAAACGAUCCGCCACCGCGACAAAUCGAGUGGCGCCAGCCGUCCCUGCAAGACCCCGCAUCGUUCCCGUCGAAAUCGCCGUCGUUGUUCCGACCGUAUCGGUCCGCCUGGUUGGCAACGAACGGCUGCGAAAUGGUCUGUUCGUCGAAGCCACGUCCAUGACAAAGACCGUGAAAUGCAUGCGAGACCUGACGUCCAUCCAUUUCACGGUCGCGGCGUUGGCCGCAAACGAAGCCACACACACGAGCGGUGUCCACCGUCCGUACUCGUUUGGGCGAACAUUAUUGCGUCUCUCGGCACCGCUGACCGUAUUCACCGUGGUCGGUCGCGACGCGCCACCCACUCUACGUGUCGACGUCCCGCAAGUCCAUUUUUGUUGGCAUUACCAUCUCAUUCAGGACAUUCUGGCCCUCGUGGUCGCGCCGAUGCCGCUACCGCCGCCCGUCGACAGUACGACGACUCUGUUUCUCCAUGUGCGGCUGAACAUUGGCACUUGGACGUUGGCGAUGAAUCCGGUCGUGGGCCCAAUGGAGAUCGAGUUGAGUGGCCACGACGUUGAAAGCACCGUGGAAGUGUUCGUGAACGGCGAUGUGUUUGUGGACGCGACUGUGUCGAACGUCGAGAUGAUCACGACGUCCGGGAAAGCGCUGCAGGACGACGAUAGCACUGUGGACGCCGAAAUGCCGCCAUCGGACAAGACUCGCCGCCGCGAUGUUCUCUUCACGCUGCCCGACUCAAGCACGGUGCGGUACGAAGCGAGCGGCGAGUACUCGCUUCAGGACCGCGACGGCGCGGCCGCCUUUCUCGACAUUUGCGUCACCCGCGCCCACAUGACCUACAUCCACGUGCCGUAUUCGACCCUCGCCACGUACACUGCAACGUACGUGGCCGAAGUGUUUACUUGGCUGUACUUGGCACGGGAAGGCGAGACCGGCAAGACUACGAUGGACCCGUCCAUGCUUCGCAUGAAGCUCCAGGGGAGCAUCGAUCGAGUGGACGUCACGAUUCCAAACCAAACAAAGUGUUGGGACCACGAUGACGGCAGCUUCGCGAAAGGUGCGACGAAGCCAACGGCCAUCACCCUGCAGGCCACGGGCGUGCAGUUGUCCUCGGCCCGAUACCUGGAUACGCCGUAUGAACAACUGACAGUGACAUUGCGAAGAUUGAAGCAGCCCCAUGAGAACAGACAACUCGUGACAAUUCACAUCCCAACGUUGCACGCGGCGUUGGACGUCGCCGCGCUCGACCAGGUUCUGUCGGUAGUGGCCACGAAUUUUAUGGCACCAUGCGACAUCGAGUCCGACGUGGACCGACCUUUGUUGGCGCUGGGGGUGCCGUUGCGACCGGCCACGGGUGUUGAAACAACCGUGUCGAUGGGCGUUGAAUCGUUCGACGUGAGCUCGGCCAUUGCACGAGGACACUGUCGGCUCGCCGUCCAAGCGCUGCAUGUCGGAGUCCAUGCGACAGCAACGAGCCAAACGACGGUAGAAGUGACGUGGCUGCGCCUCGAUCUCGCCGACGCCGACCGCGUGUGCCAAGUGCAGACGUCCGGACGUCCUCACAUCGAGUUGGAAAUCGACCCGACCGGGCAGACAACCCUCGAGAUAUCCCUGGACGGGCUGCAUGUGAUUCCGGACGUCCAAGUUCUGAGCGAGUGGACGUCAUUUGGUCUGGCACUGGGGACCGCGGCGGCAACGUACUCCAGCGCUGUCCCAGCCGCCGCCACUGCUGCCUUGUCUGUGCAUGUCAAAGUCAGAGCCGUGCAAAUCCAACUCUCCGCCGCUCGCCAUGACGCGGCGGCGCCAACAUCCCAUCUUGUCCUGCACACUGGCGUUCACGCCACGCUGCACAAAUCGAUUCUGCGCGUCGAAGGAAACGCCAUAACUUUGGUGGUGGCGCAUGCGUGGCCCCUUCCGCCGGCCCUUGACCUGCCUGACGCCUUCCAUUUAGCACUGGCGGACGCAGUUGGCCGCGCUUUGUGCGUCCCAUUCCACGUCGAGAUCGACGUGGCGUCGACGGCGCUCCAAGUCGAGCUGUCGCCUGUGGAGCUCGUCCUGAGCCCGACAGACUUGUGGCUGCUGACGUUGACCGCGUCAGCAUAUGCCGCAGCCAUCGCACAGGUCGCAUUCCCCACGACCAGCUCGCCGUCUCGUUCGACGCCAACGACAUCAGACUUCUUUGUCAGCGUGGUGGUGUCACAGGCGUCGAUCACGCUUGUCGCCCCCGAAAGCAAAGCGAUCCCAUCUCGUGUGGAUGGCCAACAAGCAUCGACUCCCCACUUGGUGCCCAAGAUCCGAGUGUAUGGCCACCGUGCGCUGUUCAAAUACUCGUCCAAGUAUGUGGCGGCCAUGUCGCAGUCGACGGAGUGGAGUGUUUCGUUCACGGACGACUCGUGCGGCAGCGUGGACGAUGGCAUGAGCGUGUGGUGCUUCAAUGGAGCGCUGGGCGUAUGGGAGCCGUGGAUCGAACCGUGGUCGUACAUGGUGGCCAUGGUGCAAACCGUCGAAGACGACACCACGAUUCAUCGACACGUCGUGCCCCCGCACACCAAGGCAGCGCUGGACCUGCCGCGCCAAUCGCUCAUGGUGACCGACCAGACGAUCGGGCUCAGCUGGGCACACACGUGGCAACCCCUCCACGACGUUCGACUGCACGCAUUCGGGCAAUCCGUGGUCCUCGUGCCAGCCACUGCCAACCAAAAGCAGGUCAUGCCGUUGCUGUUGGACGUCGAGACGCGGCAAGGCCAGCGUACGCUCACGAUAUCGGCGAUUGUAAAGGUGUACAACGACUGCUCGGUGCCGCUUCGGAUCGGGUGUGUGCGCGGCGGCAACGCGAUUGUCGACGCCGGUAUCGUCGCGCCAUUUCAAAGCAAGGGAUUGCCGCUCGAAAUGUGCGAGACACUGCAUGGCCUGCGCCUCGUCGUUGGCCCUGCUCGUGACGACGCCGCCGGCAAAGCUCUUGAGGGGUUGUAUCAGUGGAGCGACGCCUUUCCUGUCGACGCGGCCGACGAGUUGGUUGCUUCGUGUCCGCUGAAAGUACUCGAGUCGAAAAACUGCCUGUGCAUGCCGUCCUUUAGCACGACGUCGCCACAGCUCUCGUCCACGUCCGAGUUGUGCAAACACGGGAAAAUGUACUUCAAAGUCGUCCCGCAGGUCAAAACGGCGGCGGGGCAUCCAUAUGCGUUGGUCCGGAUCGUGGCACCGUGCACGAUCGAGAACCAUUGCCCUGUCCCGCUUUCCUUGCUGGUCUUCACGACCAAGAAGCACUCGACCAAGCCCGUGUCGGCGAAGGGGCCUGCUCUUGACGAAGAGAUCGAACCGAUCCAGCUGCACCUCGUCACGGCCAUGACCGUGCCGUCGCACACCAAAGUUCACUUGUACCAAGCGUCGUUGCAAUUCAAAACGUACGCGGCGCUAGCACUGGCAGAGCACCAGUGGAGCCAGUUGCAACCGAUGGAUAUGGGCAAGGACAAGGAGUCCAUCGUGGCCUUGAGAGACUGCCAGCGCCGAACCCACACCGUUAACUGGCACGCCGCGUCGGCGCACCACCAGUUGGUCGCGACGAUCUGGCCCACGUACGUACUCGUCGACGAAUCCAAGCUGAACGUCCUCUUCGACGUGGAGCUGACGGCAAAGAAGUCGCUCUCGUCCCUGCUGCACUUGUCCAAUUCGAAAAACUCCUCGAAGGAGAACCACUCGUCGGCCACCGACACGCUCGAGACGGACGUGAUUGAAGCGACUCUUGACGUCCUGGGGGAAAUGGCCAUGGCCCAGAAGGACCCAAAUGCCGCCGCCGCCACUCCUGUCCAGCCCUAUUUAUUGUCGGGUACGUCGCACGUGACCAUUCGACUGGAUCCUGUCCGCGGGAUACGGACGUCAACGGCGUCGAUUCAUUUGGACGCGAUCAGUGACUCGGUGCAGAACUGCCAUCGUCUCUUCAGCGAUGCGCUCAAGGAAUGGCACGAUCUUGGCGUGCGCAUGACCCUCACGUCAGCAUCUCGUUCCAAGAUCGUCACGAUCCAUCCACGUUACAUGGUGCUCAACGUGACUCCGUACCCGUUUCUGCUGUGCCCGACAUCGCUGGUGAACAAGACCGCGGCGCCGUCCGCUCCGUUUGGGGAGGCUGCUGCGUCUCUGGCGCGAACAGGGUCUUUUCCAAGGGCCCCCACGCGCCAGACAUCAGCGGGGCGGGUCCCCGGCCCUCCCGUGGGGGUCUCGACCUUCGCCCCCAACGCCCCGUUCGCUCCGUUCCACUGGUCCUCCAUGGCCGAUCCCACCGACUACUCGGUCCGCACAAAGCCCGGCGAGUCGAGUGGGUGGAAGUGGAGCGGCAAGUUCGAUUUACACCAAGUCGGGGAAACCGCGCUCAACGUCAUCAACAAAGCAACAAACGACGUUUACGUCGUCCGCAUCCACAUCCGCGUCGUCCACGCGACUCAAAUCUGGAUUGUGAUUUCGCUGGAAGAGGCGUCGCACGCGCUGUAUCGGCUCGUCAACCACACGUCGAUGCGGCUCCAGUUUUGGCAACAGUUUGACAUGGACCCGGGAUACGUCCGCGACGUCGGCGCCGCGGAAGACGUGUGGUUUGGGUGGGACGAACCGUACGGGUGCGAGGAGCGCACGAUCCAAGUGUGCGUACCCGAACACAAGGUCGAGGCCAGCGUCGUCGUCGACCAGAUCAACGACGUUGUGCAAACGUUGCAAGUCGGCGGCCGCGAUGGCGACCAGCCGAUCACGGUGCUUUACGUGCAGGUGUACUUGGACGGGUUGACCAAAGUGCUGCACGUGAGCGAGCGCCGCACGUCGCGCGAUACGCUCAUGCGCAUUUCGUCGACCGCUGCGUCAGCCAACAUCCGAUACGUUGUCGACCUGGUCCUUCCGUCCCUCGUGCUGGCGCUAGUUCACGGUGGCGGCGAAGUUGUCGUCGUCACGAUCGGCGAAAGUUCCAUCAUCGGCGGCUACACACCUGACGGCAACGAAAUCGAAGUCAAAGUCCACAGCGUUCAGAUCGACAACCAACACACGAAAGCGUGCCCUGUGUUGUUUGCCCCGAGCAAGGAAGACAUGGACAAGUCGGUGGCCGCUACCAAAGACGAGGCGACUCCUGCUAUGCCGACCCAAGACGCUUCGCCGCCCUUCCUCCACGUGUCGAUCGUGCGCCUCUUUUACCAUCCCGACAUCGAAUUCUUCAAGUAUUUGUCGGUGUUGAUGCAGCCCGCAUCGUUGCAGCUCGACGCUUCGAUUCUCUUUACGGUCGCCAACAUGGUGUCCGACUGGCUCGGGGUGGCGACGGCAUAUUUUCCCGACCUCUUCACAGACAAGCCUGUGGCGUGGGUGGCGCAAACGAUGCACAGCGAGCCGCGGGUGUAUUUUGAGACGCUCCAGCUGCAUCCGCUCAAGCUGUGCGUCACAUUCACUCAAAGCACGUUGCCAUCCCAGGCGGAAGAAGUGAUGGCCGUCGUGCCCGGCAUGUUUCGCAUUUUGCAGACGAAUUUGGCCAACAUUGACAACGCGCCGCUGCACUUGAACGCGUUGCACAUUUUCCACUCGUACACGUCGCUGGCGCUGCUCGUGUCGUGUGUACGGCAGCAUUACACGAGCCAGUCGCUUCGCCAAAUCUACUCGUUGAUCGGAUCCGCCGAGAUCCUGGGCAAUCCCCUCGGGUUGGUGUCGAAUUUGGGGAGUGGCGUGAAAGACUUUUUUUACGAGCCCGCGGCUGGGAUGGUCCGCGGCCCUGGGCAGUUUGUCAAGGGGCUCACGCGAGGCACGGAGAGCUUGGUCAAGAAUUCCGUCUACGGCACGUUCAACGCCGCGAGUAAGCUCACGGGCAGCAUCUCGACGGGGCUUGCCACGUUAUCCAUGGAUAAAUCGUACAUUCAGUCGCGAAGCAAUCGACCCAAGAAGGACGGACCGACGAAUGUCGGGGCCGGGUUGCUCCUCGGUACCAAGCAGCUGGGCCAGGGCAUCUUGGCGGGGGUGUCGGGGAUACUGACACAGCCAGCGAUGGGCGCAUACCACAACGGGCUGACGGGGUUUGUCGAGGGGGUUGGGAAGGGCAUUAUCGGAGCAGCGGUCAAGCCAACGGCCGGCAUUCUGGACCUUGCGGCGCAAACGACCGCCGGGAUCACGUACUCUGCUGCUUCCUUUGACAAAAAGCCAAAACUGAAACGAGUGCGGUUGCCGCGGGUCAUGAUCACACCGGACAAACGCUUGACGAUGUACUCGGCCGAAGAGGCGUCGGUGGCGUGGUGGCUGUCCAAACUUCCAGCAAACACGCUGCAUCCAACCGAGCAAUACGAUAUGCACGUGCUUCUGCCAUCUUCCCGCGCGCUCAUUUCGACGUCGCAUCAACUCAUGGUGGUCGACACGGCAGCCAAGCCGCGGGUGUUGUGGGCAUACCCUGUGUGGACCGUUCGUAGUACCAACAGCAUGGACGACGGCGUUCAGUUGUGCAUUGCCCCAAACGACGACAGCACAAGCGGCAAGGUCGUGACGGUCCAGCUCAUUUUGGACAGCGCAGCCGAUCGAGAUCGCGUCGAAGCGUUUGUGUGUAAACUCGUGAGUCGGCACUCCAAGGACCGAGGCAUUGGGCCCUGUGUGAUGCGCUAGCACGCUGUCACGAGGCCAAAGCUGUGUCGACGUCCGAGGAUGGUGGGAAUGCAAGUUGUCUGACAGGCUCUAGUAACAACCAGACAUGAAUGGUGAAAAACUCUAAAAUGGUAUACUGCGCUCCGUGGGACGGUCAAAUGCGCAGAGGACGUGCAGUCUUAGGCCGGGAAUCGAGCGCCAUAUACAUGGCAUAGU